AUGGUACUUCGGAGUAACAGCCUUGCCACAAAAGCCAUUGAACUGUAUUUGCGCCAGACGGGUGGACCCUACCUGCACGCUGCUCUGGACGAAGUCGUGGGGACCAUUUUGGCCUCUACAAAGACCUCGGCGACCUCAACUGACGUGGUAGCCCCGAUGUGUGAGAAGCGUGGCUCUCUCGGUAGGCGGACAUCCGCCAGCCCACUUCCGUCGUCUCACGCCUUUGUUUCAGGCAAGGAGAGCGAUCUAGUUGACUUUGAGGUGGAUCCAACUCGCGUUACCAACUCCUCUCAGUUGCUGCGAAAUCAAAGCAACCUGCUGCGCGUUGUUUACCAGGUGUGGCAGAAAAUCCAGGGGACUAUCAGCGUCUUUCCUCUGUAAGUUAACUCUGGUCUGUUUAAAUUGAACUGAUGGAUAUUAUAAACAAGUCACGACACCACAGAAGCGGCAGCAAAGCUCGGUGUACGUGGUUAUCUUCGUGCUAACUCGUUUUUAUGCUUUUCUGGUUUUACCUGGUGUAAAUGACGCCGCUGGAUAGAGACCAGACGAGACCGAUUACCUCUUGUAUCUUAGAAUUUCGUACGAGUGUAAGAAACUUGGAAGAUCUAUCACCUACUUCUGUAACGAAGACACACGAUUGUUUUGAGUGCACGUGUUCUCAAAUGUCAUCCCUGUGUGGAGGGGAUAAAGCGUCCUGUUAAGGAAUAUCAAAAAUAAUCCCGAAGUAUUUUUGAAUACAAAAAUUUCAGAAUAAACGGUGGAUGAAAAUUGCAGCUCUGUCUCCAUUUUGUACGAAAUAAGAACACCUUUAUCAAAGACUACUUCCAGCAGCAAUUUCAGCAAGUCAUCUGACGGAUCCCUAUUAGUUCUGAUCGAAUUUUUAACAUGCCUCAUGUGGGGUCUUUUCCACCAAUUCACUUGAGUAAUAUUUAAACAUGAUGGCAUGCCGUCCAUUCUACUGAUAAUUAUCCAGCUGCAAGUUUUUUCGAGGGGUGAUUGGCUUACUUUAGCUAGGCUUUGGUCUCUUUAAACUGCGGACGGAGCCACAAGCGAAUACUCACUUAGGAAAUAUGCAGAUGUAAGGCCUGGAUGAAAUUUAAAGGGCAAAAUAACUAGAAAUGCAACAUUGGGACAGGCGUCAUGUCUGAUUUUUCGCACGUUAUAAUGCCUGGCAGCCUGUUCAUAUUGCUGGAGUCGUAGGCUCUAAAGCGCACAUAUGCCUUUUUUCCCCAGCACAUGCCAGACUGGGAAUCAUGCUAUCACAUGCGCACAUUCACCUCCAGGCGCCCACAAACUCAACUAACAUCCAACAAAGUAGCUGAGUUAACACUGGCCCUAACAUGAGACGCUCUUAGGCGUAAGCGUCCACUCACCAUCGUGAAGAGAUGCACGCGCCUACCCAGGGCUGGCUAUGCGUGGGGAGUUCAGAUCAUCAUCAGUCCUUUGCCAAAGGUAAUCGUUGGUAAUGAUUGAAUAUGUAGGUUCAUGUUGCGAUUACUGCAAUAUGACUACUUAUUUGAUUUUGGCACGUGUGUUAUAUUGGGGCUAGGUUUCUAGCUAAGUCGGAGAACAUCAUUAAAUUUAGGUUGAGGGUGGGUUAACUGCUGGGUUCAGUGAAGGGGUUAGGAUUUGGGUUAAGGUUAAGGUUGGUGUUAGGUCCAAGUCUGUCCGAAGUAUUCCACCUUGUGGAACCUAGCCUUCUUUAAGCAGCAAUUUUUGAUUAUGUUCCGCCAGUCUCCACGCAUCUACUUCGCAUUUUUCAAAUUACGCUGUCUGUUCGGGCACCUCGUUGGAGUAAUAAACCCAACAUUUGACAGAAACGCAAGUUCACUCAACGCCUUCCGCAGAUUCCAUCAGUUUUCGCCUCUGUCCUUUCUCUACUGACAAAACAAAUAUAAAUAUCCUUCCGGUAUUUCAAGAGUCCUUGUGCUCUAAUUUCUCAGUGGGUUAACAUAUCCAAUUCCUCUCUAAACCCCCUCUACUGGCGUCUUACUCCUUCUAAAAGGACUCAUACUCAUAAAUUAUAGUGAUAAGAGUAUGACCACUUUAUUAUAAUAUUUUCAAGCGCCUAGAGUGCAGACUGCUGUCGUCAUGUUGAUUCCAUGGGUUUAAACGGUGUCGGUCGAGGACCUUGUCCUGGCGGUUAAUUGGCGAAUAGACCAGAUGUUUUCAUUGGGGAGGAGGAACUAUCAAUUGAUCUCAUUAAUCUAUCGUGACCAGACACGUAAUUUAGACCCCAGAACUACGGGUGAUCGCCAUUGUGUAUGACAAAUUAUUUUCCAUUCCAAUCGGACAACGCGCGCUCAUUUUUCUAGAAAAACACGCCAGCACCACAACGUUAUUCGUGUAUUCAAGGUUCAUAUGCGCAGUCAACAACUUACUGUUACGGCUGAAUGGUCUGCCAGGGCGUGCUGAAGAGUCUAGUCUGUCACACAAAUAGACAGAGCUGGUGGGAGGACAUAGAUCUGAUAGACGCUCACUCUCUUCCUUUUUAACGCGGAGUUUACAUCUUAUUCAUUGAUAGUAGUUUUAAUCAAUCAAUGUAACCCCAGUGAUACGCUGUCGCACAUGAUCAGCCACAGAGAAUACCAGUGGAGUCAAACACACUAGAAGACAUAAAUAAACAUGCGAUGAUGAACUGCUAAUAAUGGUGGCAGCAUUCCAGGGACCGGCACAACAUGAAAAAAUGAUCGACACAGUCGCGCUCUUGCAAGAAUCUUCGCCGAUUCCUCGUUGGUCCUGCUACAAACUGGUAACUGCGGCGAUUGUAGGCCCCAUCAAGUAGGCCUCUGCUGAGGUGGUCGUUACACGAUGGUCGACCACCUCCCUUGAAGUUUCAUUUAAGGACAGCGUUACUACAGUUUCUGUCUAAAGUCGUUUUCAGUUGCAUGGUGGUAUUGCUGGUGUUCUUCGUUUUGCAACAGCUACCUCCUGCAUAGAUGGUAGUCCGCCGUCGCAAUUAUUCUCGGGCGGCAAGGCAUACUUAACCUUUACGGUCGUUGAGGCAGCAGAGUUUGCUGAAUUCAGAUGUGGAAGCGAAUUCUCUUUCCAUCCAACGGCCUUGCAUGCUAUGGAUGCCAACGCCGCGCCCUUAUUAUCUCCUAAUGCACAGGCAGACCAAUUAUAAAUCUGACUCAUUCUCAAACUAACGCACAACUUUCUGUUAUCACAGUUCCAGGAGACCCUUCCGACAUAUCCUGUGACUUUAAUCCAGUAGGCAUUGGGGUCAUAAUAUACAGAGCGCGUUACCUCAAGGCACAAUGUCCUGGAUCUUGGAAUGUCAGGAAGACGAGAUGCCUUUGCAUUAUUAGCCGUUCAGAUUGCAGCAUGGACGCAGUAUGCGACCCCAUUCAGGGAACAAAAACCAGGCCUCUGUGUAAUACGGGUUUUAUGGGUGGGGCUGAACGACAGUGCAAGCUAAAGUUGAGCAUUUUUUCGCAGUUCUUCCGGCUUGUUUUCACGAAAGAAGUAGAUUACAUUUCAUCUAGCUACAAGAGCGCAGAAUCGUCAAUUAAAAGGGGGCCAGAAGGCAAUAUGUCACGAGGACCUGGUUCUUGUUUACUGAGUGGGGUCACAUACUCCGCCCCUGCCCAGGUUGCUUCACAACGGUCUAAUCUUUGUGGUGAAACUUACUGAUGUGUGGUGGUUCUUCAAAGCUAGGUUUCCGUAAUCAGAAGUUGGACAGCCCUUACUGCGGCACAAGAACACACAAGUGGCUCAGUUGGCAGUCACAGCGGCUGACCUCACCACCCGUUGAAUCCCGGUGUGAAAUACGUGCAUGUACAUAAAUUUUGCCCCCUGCGGCUAGUUAGCAAUGGGAACAACUUCGACUGACGUAGAACUGUCGCCAAGCCGGUGCCGAGCCACGCUCCUUUAGUUGACAAGGAGCGUUAGACGGACCGAAGAUGGCAUGAGUAUACGGCCGCGCUGGUGGCCACAACAGCAGACUGCCCUAAGGUGGCACCUCUAGCUAGGAUGCGGGAAUAUGCCCCCUCCCCUGGAACUUGGCGCAAAGCCACUUGUAGUAAGGGGGAGGGGAUCAUAUUUCCCUUGUUAAAUCUAGUGCCAUUUACAGUAAUAACGAAAUAUCUACUCAUUCACUCUGUUAGUUAUUUGCAUUCGAUUUAUCCAUGCUUGUGGAUGAGAUCUUAUUUCUCUUAAUCACAGUGAACUACGACGCACCUUCUAUGCCAUUCGCCGCUCAAUGGUUCCACCCGCCUCUGCCGGAGGAAGAGGUCAAUCAGGAAGGCAUUUUUCAAGGUUUUCUUCAACUGACAGUGAACGACAGAUCCAGAGUGCGAAGGAGCUCUUUGAGCACGUAAUAUCUGCUUGUGUUUUCCUGCGCUUCGUCUGUCCUGCCAUCUUAUCACCUUCCCUCUUUGGCCUCACCGAUCGCUUUCCCGAAGAUACGAGGGUGGUCAGAGCCUUCACCCUGGUGAGUCCCGCGCAUGUUAAACGCCUUCUUAAGCCCACAAACCCUACAUUCUUAUUAAGGAAUCCAGCUAGUAAAACGUUUGCGCGACGAACCGCAGAUUGCAUGUACUCCAUCUGCGAAUGCAUAAAUUGCUGGCAAAGUUGAAUUUUCAGGAAAGUCAAGUUGUACGUGAUUAAGUCAAUCAUCCCAUAGGCUCCCUUAAGUGAUGUCUCCAUUGGCCAAGUAUUUGCGAUAGAGCAUAAUCCACCCUGCGCGCACAAGGUGUGUGUGUAGCACGCCUAUAUGGCUGUUUUGCUUUGUCAACCACCGCGUCCGAUCCAGUCUCCGGUCUCCCUAACUCUAUCUUGACACCAGGCCUGGGUGGGUGAUGGAAGAGAGAGUGCUGUAGACACAGCGCGAGUCUACUAUCACCAUCACUACGACCGUAAAAUAAUUCAUGAGCAAGUCAUAGUCCCUGCACCCACUCUGCUGUGGGGUACACGCUAGACAUAAUGGUGAUAGUCGAACUGUCAUUUGCAAUGCAUGCUUAGUUUAGAUUCGUUUAACCUACAAGGGAGGAUUUGCCCACUCUAAACCCACACUCUUCAUUACGAAGUCUACCAAAAUUAUGAAAGUAGUUUUGGCAUUUUCGACAAGUCGUCUUAUAGGAUCGACCAGCGCUGAUUGUUGGUUCAAUGUUUUUUUAUUCUACUACAUUUUCAGCAUUUGUAUGAUCUCCAUCUGUCCGCCAGUUAUCUACUUUAGUUGACGAAUUGCUGACUUCACGAUGCAACCGUCAAGUACUUUGCAAUUUUACUCUGAUCAGGCACCAAGUUAACUUUUCAGACUUUUUAUUCUAUUGGCUCUUCAGCCAGGGAAAUGUAGGCCUACAAUAAAACGCUCCCUCGAACUGCUGAAGGUACUCACAGGCCUUUUCAGUUUCAAGUGUAUUCUUCCCUUUAUAGUCCUCUCAACCUAAUCAAGCGCUGAAUUUACCUAUGCACUUGGAAAAACAGGUCAUAACACUGGUGUCGUUUGUAGACUUACCAAUCCGUGGAACUUAUCUUGAUCUGCGGCAAAAAGCCUAAAUUAGCAGGAAAUUUCUAGCCAAAGUUAUUUACUAAAUGUUGCAUCUGUUGGAGACUUAGACGUUAUGGACACCAAACAGGGCUAGAUAUUAGUGUUCUAGUUUAGUUCGCAUCCGAGGGACUCCUCUGGAAUCUUUUAUCUGCAAACCAUUUAGUGAACUUAGAACCUGAAUAAGAUGGAGACGGACCGCUGACUCCUAAUUAGCAUCAGGUUCUCUGCCUACUGGCCCAUCGUUAACAUACCUGCCGCCUGUACACAUUGUUAGACAAUCUUAUCUUUGCGACUCUCAUUGCUGGUCCAUUUUUAGUAUGAGUGAGCCUUCUGCCUUAAUGUAAGGCAUGUUUGUCAACUUUUAAGUUCUUGUGUUGGCCUUAUAUCCUGUGGUGGUAGGAGAUUAGAUUCCCUGGGAUAAUGGCUACCACUCGUCACAUCUAGAAAAUAAUACUUCAGCUAGUCUUAGAAAGACAAAUCAUUUUUAAAGUUAUUUUUCGGCGGACUGACUUCAAAGCAGCCUCCGUAAUUUUUGAUGUCGCCUCCUGUCCGCACCUGUGUCCUACGGGAUGUCUUGAGGAUAGGGUUGGCUCAGCAAUGCUCCAAUUUCCUUCGUCGCCCACUCCUUUCCCGAGAAGUUAGUAUCUAACUGGAACACUCCAUCUGCCCCUCUACCGCGUUUAACUUCAGUUAAAGACAGCUGCGCCUUCCGUGUCCUUUUUGCGAGCGGCUUCCGACGGAAUUGUCUCCUGACCGUGAGCCUGGGGAAUCAGCUCGAGUCUUGAAAGUUUUCUAUCAAUGUGCCUAUUAACUCCCCCAGUCUGGCUACCUGUGUGAUUGGAUGACCAUCCGCUCCCUUCCCCCUCCCCUUUGCGCAGUCAAAUAAACCGGAAAAAGCGAUUGGCUGAGAGAGAAAGACAUUUUUCGCUUAUAUGCGUGAAAUACGAAAUAGAAGACGGUUGAGCGCAUGUCACCCGUGAGGUUUGGACAAUUUUUCGUCUUUUCGCCGACUACCGUUUCGUAUUUUUAUGCGCCUUUCACACAUUCACCAGGGUCCCUUUUAGUAAUUUAGGUCAUAAGCACUACCCAUAUGCGCGUAUCCAGCACGAGAGGGCACCUUUGCCAGAAUCGUUGCAGAAAGCCCAUUUUCAGACUUAUACACAGAUUCUUUUGACUUUUUAGAAUAUUUUAGCGAGUUUCUGUCGCAGGCGAAGUCAUAUGAAGAUAUGGUCGAUUGAACCCCAUGUGUAGAAACACUGUUGUCAUUUUCGGAUGGUCGUUUGUCCGCCGUGACUGUACUAUGCCUUUAAGCAAUACUAAUUUACGAAUAUUGUCGAUUUGCUGAGCACCGUCUGGAAAUAUUGAGCAAAGGGAUCUGAAGGUUAUGAAAGGUCACAUUCCUCACAAUUUGUUUACUUUAGUCUUCUAAGCAGCGACUUUUUUUAAAUGAAUAGUUGCUUUUGGCAGAUUUGAAAUAAAUUGUCUCACCUAAUUUUGAAAAACGGUGGCCUUUGUGGGAUUCGAACUCUCAAUAGCAAUGUUAGGGGUUGGGUUCAACCAACGCUCUGACCACUUUAACUACGAGGUCUCCGCCAAGACCCGCGAGUUUAAUCACAUUUGGGAAGGAUCCCUGCCAAACCUACUGAAAUAUACGCAAUUCACCAAUUCUAAUUCAGUAAACGUUUGCCUAAACAGGAUUUUCUAAGCAAUCGAUGCAGAACCCACCAAAUGAUUGAUAAGGAAAUCCUGCCUGGCUGUCAGCUUGCUGUAUCAGAUUUGAUGAAUUUUAUACAUCGCAGUAGGUUGGGCGAGUGACUCGACCCAGACGUGAUUAAACCCACGGCUCACGGUCGACGCCUCGUAGUACGGGUGGUAACAGCGUUGAAAGUACUCAAACAGUAUUCUUGCUGUUGUGGAUUCGAAUUCCUUAUGGGCCGUCAACUUUUUCAAAACUGAGUCAGAUGAACUUUUGGUAUCGUUAUUGAAGACCGUCUUCGCAUUGCCGGUCUUCUCUCUCUCUCUCUCUCUCUCUCUCUCUCUCUCUCUCUCUUUCUCUCAUAUCGAGGUUCGCAUCUAUGACCCUAUUGUGGGUUCAUCGAUGGUAUCUCUGCUAACACUACUUAACCAAGCAAUCGAUAGUUGAACGGCACUAUUUUGCGACCAAUCCAGACGGGUUGACACCAGUGCCCUAUAAAUCCUCAAGACCAGAGCAGAUGGUGCCGAACUCAUAGUUAAACGCAAGCAACUAUAACUUUCGCUCUUCUUCAAAGCAGUUGGUUCGGGUUCACACGUUAUGUAUUUAUACAGCCGCGUCUGGUUAUGGCGAACUGGGAACUACAUAAAAGGGGGAAAUGGCCAUCCAAAUACCCAUUCAGUGGGGAGUGUAUCGUUCCACCUCGUCGAGCAGUCUGACUCGGGUACGACGGCAAUGUUCCGACGAAGUUGAAAAAUGCUCAAAUACCGGGGAGGUGAGUUGUAUGCUCAGAGAUUCUGGAGCUUUUAGGUUUACGCUCAUAUUUAUGCUGGUGACAACCGCUCAGCCAACUUGAAUGUCUGAAUCUUGGCAAUCAGGUGUACACCUGCCUUAAUGACUGGCAGACCCUGACCAUGUGACUGGUCUGUAUACUUGGGUCUGACUGUGAAGCGAUUUUAGGCGAGAAUGAAGUCGACUCAGCUGUUUAUAUACUCGUGAUCGGGUUUCCCCCCGCAUUUUGCAUCCUGCAUUCAGUUUGUCAAAGUAUCACUGUGACAGCAACGCAGAAGGUUUGAUCUCGUCCUUGAACUAAUCUCCCCUUUCGCGUUGUCUGGUCUGGAGUCAUUCUCACAUUUAAUGUGUACGCCAGCAAGGGUGUCCGGAGCACAUACUGUCGAGGCUUGACUUAAUUAGCCCGUUGUAGACUUGACUUGACUUGACUAUGUCUUUUAGCCUGUGUUUUGAUGAAAAAUCCCCAGCACUAAAUUGUUUACAAUACAUUCCAGGGACUCGUAAAUUCUCAGGACGUAGACAGUGAAUGCGAUAUCCAAAAUUCGGCCCCAACACCGUCACUUUUUACUUGUUUUCAGGAAGUCACUGAUAUCUGGAAUUGGGGUCUCGUGUGCAACCGUUCCUUCCGAAUUGUUCGUGCGGCUAAAGUUGCUCGUUCAUCCUUCUGCUCCUGCGUAUUUUGUGCGUGGAUGUUAAGUAACUUCCUUUUUGGAGGUUUUGAAGUUACCCAAAGCUAAAGAGCGAUGUUGUGUCCAUGACAUUCCCGCUAACUGUGGUUAGUAAGUUACCGGUUGAUUAUUCGUCGACAUGAACGCUCCUCCUCCUCCUCCUCCUCCUCCUCCUCCUCUUCCUCCUCCUCCCCCUCCUCCUCCUCCUCCUCCUCCUCCUCCUCCUUCUCCUUAUACUUCUCGCUCUUUUCUGCCUACUUAUCCUCCAUUCCGAGGUUGGCGGGACAUGGAUAAGUGUACUGUUUCUGAACUAUCUCCCUGAGAAGUGCUUUUUUAUUCAUCGAAACAUUCAUACUGCACCAGGACGAUUUUUUAUUUUUAUGUAUUAAAGAACAAAAUGUUUGGUCUCCUAAAAGGCCCUCUAAUGCCAUCAUUCCUGUUUUACAGAUGGCCUUGCUCCAUACUUUACUGAGAUUAAGAUCACAGAAUUCAUCUUGUUGAAUACAAGUAUCAUCACCGUAUCAGCGGCAGAAUACUAGUUCGUAUUUUAUAAAGGCCCGAUCCACCAGCUCCUGUAGUACAAGUUCUGCUGUCAUUCUUGAAGUUAAGGAAUUCACGGGCCUCCUUAUAAUUCGCUCAUUGAACUCGUCCGAGAAGUGUGGAUUUUUUUAUUGAUAAAAGCUUGAAAUUUUCAUAAGGUCUUCUGGCUUUGUUGACUUGCACUACUACGCUUGCAGUAGAAACUUACUACCUAGAAAGCGCCCUUGAGGUAGGCAGCAUAUUAGUUAACUUGGGGAUGCCAAAUAUAUUAAAGUAGACGUAAACGUAUCCAUAAUUGAUUCAGUUCGAUCAUCGGGUAUCCUGAUGGUUCACGGAAAUUUUCUACACCUGGGGGGCAAGAAGUAAGUAUACUCAGCCUCCCCACUAAAGCUACCUUCUGAACAGAAAUCUCGGCCAAAACAUGCGCACAACGGAUUUAUUUCAUUGAUGGGAUCGAAAUUCGGAGCAACAAGCUUGAACUUCUUCUGCUGGACGGCAUAGAAAUAACACUACUCAAGCCAAUGCUCGCUUCCCCCCCCUCCCCCUUGCUCCCUAAAUAGAUCUCUUAAUACCGACUUUCUUUCUUUUACCUCCUAAUUUAGGUUGCGAAGGCCAUCCAAAACCUCGCCAAUUUUACCCUGUUCGGAGACUCCAAAGAGAUUCACAUGUCUUUUCUCAACCGUUUCGUUGCUGAACAGUUGCCUGCCAUGAGGACUUUCCUCUGGCGUAUCUCUGACUUUUCCUGUAACUCUGAAGUUGAGCAGUCUUCAUCCGUACCAUCUUACUCUGCCCGACUGGUGGACCUCUUCGUGGUCUCGGAAAG